AUGGGCAGUGCCAGCCCCGGGCUGCCCGCUCUGCCCCCCGCCCGCCUCUCCUGGCCGGACCCCGCGCUGCUGCCGCCCCCCCGGGACCCCGACCCCCGGCGCUGGGGCUGCCCCGAGAGCCCCAGCCCCCCCGGGACCCCCGAGCAGCCCCUGCCAGCCUUCUGCCUGCACUACUUCGACAUGCUCUACCCGGAGGACGCGGCCUGGGCCGCCAAGGGCAGCGGGGAGCCGGCCCCGAGCGGCGGGCAGGGCGGGCGGGACGAGGCCAGGAAGGAGCCGGAGCAAUGUCCCAUCAUCGACAGCCAGGGGCUGGGGCUGGGCACCGAGGGGGACCUGCAGGACAGCCUGCACCUGGAGGAGCACUCGCUGGAGCAGGUGCAGAGCAUGGUGGUGGGCGAGGUGCUCAAGGACAUCGAGACGGCCUGCAAGCUGCUCAACAUCGCCGCAGACCCCAUGGACUGGAGCCCCGGCAAUGUGCAGAAGUGGAUCCUGUGGACGGAGCACCAGUACCGGCUGCCGCAGAUCGGGAAGUCCUUCCAGGAGCUGUCGGGAAAGGACCUGUGUGCCAUGUCCGAGGAGCAGUUCUGCCAGCGCUCCCCCGCCUGCGGUGACAUCCUGCACGCCCACCUCGACAUCUGGAAGUCCGCCGCCUGGAUGAAGGAGAAGGCUGCCCCGGGAGAUGUCAGAUACUGCGGAGGUGACACCGGCUGGGCCGACAGCGAGGUGGACUCGUCCUGUGCCGGCCAACCCAUCCACCUGUGGCAGUUCCUCAAGGAGCUGCUGCUGAAGCCGCACAACUACGGCCGCUUCAUCCGCUGGCUCAACAAGGACAAAGGCAUCUUCAAGAUCGAGGACUCGGCGCAGGUGGCGCGGCUGUGGGGCAUCCGCAAGAACCGCCCGGCCAUGAACUACGACAAGCUGAGCCGCUCCAUCCGGCAGUACUACAAGAAAGGGAUCAUCCGCAAGCCCGACAUCUCCCAGCGCCUCGUCUACCAGUUCGUGCACCCGGUGUGA